AAUGUCUGGCCGGGAGUUUCAAAAUGGCGUGCCAAGCAACCGUUGGGAAUUACUUUUCUACCGUGUAAAUCUCUCUUUUGUGUUCGGACGAGGAUCGUGCUAAUCUCCAGGAUUAACCGGAACGUUUUUCUGCAUAUUCUGGAUCACGGGAACCGUCCCCAAACAUCCUCUGGCUUUGUGGUAUCUUCGAUCAGAGACAGAGAGGGGAGGUCAGCCCCAGAGGCGCCACCCUUCCGCGCGGACCUGCAGUUAUGUCGGAAUCCGCCAGGCGGCUGUCGUCCCCGGGGAUGGGGAUGGAGGACGUGACGCACCUGCAGGAGCAGCUGCGGCAGCUGCGGGCGGAGAUCUCCCAGCUGCAGGAGGAGAACAGGAACGAGUCGGACACGGUGGCCCAGCUGAGGAAGAGGAUCAACAUCCUGGAGAGAGAGAAGCUGGAGACCGCCAGCAGGUACAAUGAAGAGACGACCAGCCUGCAGGGCCAGGUGGCGCGGCUGCGGGCACAGCUGGAGAAGGGAGAGGCCACCAGGCAGAACCUGGAGUUCGAGCUCACCGUGGCCAGGAAAAACAUCAGCCAGGAGAAAAGACAGGCGGAGGACAAGGAAGGGCAGAUACUCCGCAACAACGACGACCUCAGGGCUCAAGUAUCGGAGCUGAGCAGACAGGCAGAUGACCUUGACAGUGCUCUGAAGGUUGCCCGUAUCCAGGCCACGGAACAGGAGACUCAGCACAGGCUACUCAUGGAGGAGAAGGACAAGGUGAUCGCCCGCUGCCACGCUGAACAGGACGUGGUGACAGCAGAGAGGGACAAGCUGGACAGCAUGCUGGGGGAACAGCACAACAUAAACUCCGACCUCCAGGACAGAGUAAAGGAACUGGAAGCGGAGAGAAGCAGUCAGGCCGACACCAUCCGGCGCCAGAUCACCGACCUGGACUACGGAGCUGAGAGGGAGGGCAGGGCAAAGAAGGAGAUAGAAGCUCUACAGCAGAGAAUUAAGCAGCUGGAGGAGAACAUCGAGGCAGAGCGAGCAGCUCACCUGGAGUCCAAGUUCAACUCUGAGAUUGUGCAGUUACGAGUGCGGGACCUAGAGGGCGCACUUGAGGUGGAGAAGUCGGCUCACUCCGACGCCAGCAUGAAUCUUGAGAUGAUAACCAGACAACUCAGGGAGGUUGAGGCAGCAUUCGAAGAGGAGCGGACGGCCUGUAACAAGUACAAGGAACAGCUGGAAAGGUCUGACCAGCAGUACACAGCCGUCCAGCAGCAGCUGAGCUCAGAGCUGGAAGAGAAGAAAACCGCCCUCAGCGGGAUGUCCAAACAGCUGGGGCUGCACCAGACAAACUUUGAUGAGCUCAAGGAGGAACUGGCCAGGGCCAGGAAACGCCAGGUGUAUCUGGAAGAGACUUACGGAGGCUGCAUGAGGGAGUUGGAGCUGUUGAUGGACAGCUUUAAACCCGACCAGUCCGCCCCGCCCAGGAGAAAAGCUUCGGGGAAACAGAAGGACAAGGGCAAACCGACCUCUCCGUCCGUCGUCCUGGAGACGCUGAGACACGCCCUCAUCAGCUACCAGAACAGGCUGGACACCGCGCAUGACGAGCUGGACAAGCUGAGGAAGAGUUAUGAGAAGGUGUCGUCAGAGAACGAGUCGUACAAGGAUACGGUGUGGUCCAGGAGUAAGGCACUGGAGGAGACCCAGGCGACCCUCACCAACACGAAGAAGGAGCUUUCCCGCGUGCAGAACGAGAACUCGGAACACGAGGCCGCACUAGCCUCGCUGCACGCAGACAUGGAGAAGGCCAUGCACAGGCUGGACCAGGAGAGAAAGAAAUGUGAUGAACUCAACGAUGAGAUUCAGAAGCUGACAAAAAUCUACAAGAACGAGAAUGCUGACAAGAUCCACUUCCUCCACACGCUGUACCAGCGGCUGGUGACGGGACGGGUCGUCAUGGAAACCACAGACCCCGCCCUCAGCCGCUUCUCGUGGCCGGAGCUGUCUGGCAUGGUCCAGGAGCAGGUGGACAGUCUGCUGACCGACCUACACAGGACCAGGGAAAGGCUUGGCCACAUGGAGACGGUGGUGAAGAACAAAGAUGAGAGCAUGGUGCAUCUGCAGCAGAACCACGAGAGGAGCAUGGAGAAGGUGGCUGCAGCCUCGCGGGAGAGGGAAGAUAGCUGGGCUAAACAAAAGUCAGAUCUGGAGCAGCAGUACGGCUCACUGGUGCAGGAGCUACAGUCCAACAACAAGAAAUCCCAGUCGCUUGCCGACCAGGCCUGGGAGCAGGUCCGUGCCACGGGAACCCUGAAGGAGGGCCUGGAGGCGGAGUGCGCCGACCUCCGCGGGAAACUCUCCCGCGCCCAGUCCGACCGCGCCUCGCUCCUCACGGCGUGCGCCCUGCUGGUCGGCGCCCUGUACCCGAUGUACGCCCGGACCGGCGCCCUGGCCGCGCAGAGAAGCCUCAUGGAGGAACAGUUCAACAACUGCGAGGCCAUGAAACACCAGGCAAAGGUCUUGGUCGAGACGCUAAGCUCCGCCAUGGGAGAGAUGACCGGAACCGUUCCUACAACGAGACCGUGGAAUCCCACGCUGAAAUUCCGUGUCGGAGUGAUCGCGGUGCUGGCGGCCAAUCGGCUGAACUCUUUCGCCGGACAGGGCUGCAAGCUGUUUGUCUCCCAUGAUGCACCAGAUGGAGUGGGUCGCUCCAUUGUAUGUAUCGGAGGGGUGAAAGGGCCCAGUAAAUCUAUAGCAGGUGUUGGUUUAGGCGACAGAAGGCACCAGAGAGAUAGUCACUACGGUAGCAUUAACGGCUACAGUAGUCAGGACAGUUACAGGAGGAACAAUGGAUAUAGGCAUGGGUCUGGAAUGAGCGAUGGCCGGAAUCAGCGGGGCCAGAACGGCCGGAGCGUCCAGGGGACGGGAGGAAGCGGCCGGAGCAUCAAACAGGCAGCGGUCAGGUGGUUCCACAGCCCGGAGCUGCUGGGGGUCCUGGUCAACUCUGUGGCUGAGCUGCAGGAGACUCUGGCCAGGACAGACCCCCAGUCAGGCCUGCCCAGCUCCAAGGCGAUCGUCAGCUCCGCCCGGAACUCCUUCGCCAAGCUGAUGAACAAGCUGAGCCCGGAGUUCGGCGCCCUGAUGGCGGACGGGAACGGCGGGAACUACCGCGAGAAGGGCGCGCUGGUCCGGUUCCUGGGCCACGGGCUGAACAGGGUGCUGGGGCACUCCUCGCUGUCGGGGAAGCUGCCCGUCAUGUCCUCACAGCAAAUCAUGUCGAGUCUGCAGCACCACAUCCUGGACUUCACGCAGCACCUGCACACCGCGGAGGUCGAGCGGCGAGGGCUGCGGGCGGAGGUCGCCAAGCUGCACAAUGAGACGGACCUGCUGCGGCGCCACCGCGACAAGGUCGGCAUUCUGGAGGACGAGGUCGAACAUCUACGGACUGAGAACUCCCAGCUGGUGCCGAAGGACCGGUUUGACAGUGUGUGUCAGGAGCUCAGCAGCGCCCUCCAGCGGGAGCAGCAGGCACAGCAGCUGCUGAACGAGCAGAGCAGUCAGAUGCACCAGCUGGGCACUCGGCUGGACGAGGGGGCGGAGAGGGAGAAAACUCUGUCUGAGGCUGUCAAGGACCUGUCGGAGGCCAAGAUGGACAUGCGGCGAAAGGAGCAGUCGCUACGGCAACUGAACAAGCGCCUGUCGCAGCUGGAGUCGGAGCGGAGAGAGCUGCAGGAGGGGCUGAUGAACGCCGAGAACGACCUCAGGACCUCCGCUAAGGAGAAGGAGACAUUGGCCAGCUACCUGAAGUCUGUGGACAUAGCUCUGCAGGAGAGUAAGGACCAGGUUGUCCUGUCCAGGACAGGGAUGGGUGUGGAGUUCACUCUGCCUCAGUUGAUGCUACCCAGUGAGAAGAUAGCUGCGGAUGGAGGGGCCAUCGGGCCUGAACUCAUCGCCUGUCAGAACGUAGUGCAGACAUUUGUGGAGGCACAGCAGCAGGCCCUGUCCAGAAUCUCGGUUCUCGAGGAGGAGAUCACGUCUCACAAGAGCCACAUCAGCACGCUGAAGAGGGAGCUCAGCGAGGCCUGCCGAAGGGAGAUGGACCAGGACGAGGUGGCGGAUCGGCUGGCCCCCGAGACGCCUUACGGCACCCGGUCAGCGCCCAGGUACGCACCGGACAGGAGCUACAGGGAGGACUUCGCACCUCUCAGAGGGGAGAUUGACAACUCCUACAGCAUCCUGAAGUCCAGUCCGAGCCACCGCAGAGGCACGUCCAUGGCCACACCACACAUCUCCGACAGGCUGCGGUCGCCCACCCGAGUGCGGACCCCCUCCCCCACCCGGACGCGUCCCCUCCCCAGGGAAUACUCACGGAACAUCAGCGGCUCCAGGAGAUGACAUCCCACAUGUACAGUUCGUCCACACAAGCCUUCACCAGACUCUUUACUUCUUGGCUAGCUAUGAUACUAUCUUCUCUGCCUGGAGAUUAGGAGUCUGGUAGAUACGACGUCCACAAAGGCAGCUAUGAUACCCCGCCGUGGUCAAUAGUGGAGUGUAUACUUCUGUGCACUGCAGAAACUACUUGUGUCACAGGAACUAUUAGUCUCCAAGCAGACCCAAGGUGCCUUAGAGAGAGUAUCAAAGCUGGCCAAGGAGUAUAGCCGGCCAAAGUGAGACAGCCGGCCAAAGGGAGUCAAACGGGCACUGGUGCCGGCCGGCUAUACUCCUUAACCAGCUUUGAUACUAUCUCUAAGGCACCCAAGCAGACCCAAGCUGCUUGGAGACUAAGGAACUAUAUCGAGGUGAUUAAUCAUUUCCGUCAACAUUUCAGCACCUUUAUAAUAUAUAAGAAACUAAUUUUGCUUCAACAUGCACACGUUCGAAUGUUGGCAGGAAAGAUUUGUCACCCUACGGUGCAAGCAGUUUCUGUUGUCCUCGCAAGUGUUGAGGUGCUUUUAAAGCAUUUUCAUGUAGUAUAGGAAAAAAAAAAUAUUCAAGUUGCCAAGUAUUCAUAAACAUUCCAAUACAGAUGUACAUUUCCUAAUCAGGCUAAUGAAACGUGUUUCUUUUCAAGUGUUGCCUUCUACUGAGUGCAUCGGCUAUUUCUUCUUUCUUCUUGAUGUAGAGUAAAAUCAAAGCUCCAUGACAGAUAUUAAAUUUCUAAAUAGGGACAGAAAAUUUUUUCUGCUGAUGGGUACUAGUUUGUAAUGAUGAGAGUUGUCUUUGUUCUUCCUGUGGUGCGCUUCUUUCGUCUUGUUGCAUAUUUUUGUCCUAUGGCUUAAGCAAGCAAGUGUAUGUUUUUAUCAAAUUGUGUAUAAUUAUUAUGAGUUUGUCUGCAAGCAGUUACUAUUUUCUUACCGUGUCUCUUAUACUCGUUAUGUGAAUCUUUUUAACAAUUCGCUUAUACAAAUUUAUUGUGAAUCAUGUCCUAUUUAUUUCACAGUAAUGAAGCAAUAAGGAAAAUAUAAUAUGUAAUGUACAUGUAUGAG